CUCUGCGCUGCCGCCGCGGUGCAUUAUGGUCCAGAGAGCCCGUGCUCUUCUGUCCUCCUGUCAUCACGUUAAGCCGGGGAGCUGUGUUUUCAGGUUGAAACACAGCCGCACAUGUAGACUCGGGACACUUUACAGGCAUCGGCAGGUGACCUGUCUGUGAUACUCGUGUCUGCGUUUACUGUCACGUUAAAACUUGUCGGCUGUUGUGAGUGAAGCAUGUUUGUUAUACUGCAGCAGCUAAGAUAGUUAGCAUAACAAACAGCCGCGAGACGAAGUUGAAGAAAGUUAUAAAAGCAGGUGAAAGCGAGGCAAUGUACGCGUGAGAGAUACUUAUGUGUACUGUGAAGUUACUGUAACGUAUGUAACGGAAGUUUUCACUCUUGUUGUACCUGUGGGUCAGGACUGUCUCGUCUAACACAUAGCUUGGCAAACAUCUGGAGGGCACCGAGGCACCACUAAUGAGAGGAUUGUAAACACUUGGUGCUUGCAGCUUUCUUUGCUUAUGGAAGUUAAAGCGUGUCUUAAUUUCAUCCUCCUCCCUUCCCUGCUGCUGUGCCUGGUAUAAUCCCUUGCCUGUGGUGAACAUCAGCUCUCCAGCGCCAGUAUGGCGGUCUGCGUAAAGGCUUUGUGUUGCGUUGGUGUGGAGAUCAAAAUGCACAAGUUACUGCUGGCCGGCUGUGCGAACUUUCAUCCAAAGUGGUUUUUAAACUCUCUUGGUCCUUUUUCCUCACGACUUGGUGGGACAAGAACCCUCAGCUAUUAUAGCAGAGCUGCAGAGUUCUGUCCAACGGGACACUCUGUGCCACAGGGAAAUGUAAGACUGGGAUCAUUCAGCAGGAACUACAGUGAUGUCUGCUUGAAUUCACUGGUCAGUCAAGCACUGCCUUUAUCCACAUGUCAGACCAGAAGACCUCAGUGUGCUGCAGUGAGAACUGAGAGAAACCUGCUGCAGAGAGGCGUAGUGUGGCCUGUGUCCUUUAUCUGCAGAAGAGUCUCAGACGCCCCUCCUUCCACUGUAGCUCCGGCAUUUGUAGUGAUGAAGUUUGACCAAGAGGGAAAUGUGACGUCAUUUGAAAAAAAGAAGACGGAGCUUUGCCAGGAGUUAAGUCUUCAAGCCAGAGACCUACGCUUCCAACACACUACCAGCCUCACUGCUAGAAAUAACUGCAUUAUUUUACGAAUGGCGGCCUUGAAAGCCAUCUUGACCCCGGAGUCUCUUAUGGUCUUGGAUUUUCGUGGUCUUGGACUGGAGCGCUGGUUAGUUCUGGAGCUCGCCCCCCAGCUAGCGUCACAGACGCACACUCUGCCCUUCGAGUUCAGAGCACUGGAAGCCAUCCUGCAGCACAAGGUAAACACGCUGCAAGCCCGCUUGAAUGAAGUUGAACCAGUCAUAUUGGAUACGCUGGAAUCCCUCGUAGACCCUAAAAUCCUUUCUGCUGAUAGAAGUAAACUACAUGUACUUCUGCAGAAUAGCAAGAGCUUAUCAGAGUUGGAGACAGACAUAAAAAUGUUUAAGGACUCCAUGCUGAAGGUCUUGGAUGAGGAUGAGACGGUUGAAGAGUUCUGUCUCACAAAAUGGACAGACCCAAGAGUUUUUGAAGAGAGCAGUUUGGGUAUUGACCACGCUGAGGAGAUGGAGCUUUUAUUGGAGAAUUAUUAUAUGCAGGCCGAGGAACUUGGGAACAGAGCCAGAGAGCUGAAGGGUCUGAUAGACGACUCUGAGAGUGUAAUCUUUAUCAAUCUGGACAGCCACCGGAACGUGAUGAUGCGACUGAAUCUGCAGCUGACCAUGGGGUCCUUCUCCCUUUCCUUAUUUGGCCUAAUAGGUGUGGCGUUUGGAAUGAAUUUGACAACAGCUUUCGAAGAUGACCCCCGCGCUUUCUGGCUGGUAACAGGUUUCAUGUUCUUGGGCAGUGGGCUGAUAUGGAGGCGACUUUUAUCAUUUUUGGGACGGCAUCUAGAGACUUCAGUACCCCCACGAAUCCCUCCAAUUUGGAAGAGGAAUAUGAGACCAUCAGACAUCAAGGCUGGGGUCAGAUGAAGUUCUACCUCGCAGAUGAUGGUUGUCUCGCAGCGCUCUUGGUCCUCUUUAACUUGAUGCAAAGACUUCUGCUAGAAUUUUUAUUUUUAACACACCUCAUUGUUUUACUGUCCCAUGGCCACAGCAGAGGUUGAGAUUACGCUCACAUCUCUGGAGACUAUAGUGCAGUGGUUCUCAAACUGUGGGGCGGGCCCCACUGGUAUGGCAUGGACAACCACGUAACACACAUGAAGUUAUAUGAUGUGAAUAUGAUUUUUAUUAUUAUUAUUAUUUUAGGGAAAAAAUUGUAGCGAAUUUUGAGGUGUGGACGAUAUCCAUCUUGCAUGAAGAUCUGCUUUUGGUUUGGGGCAUGUCAGAAGAAACUCUGCUCCAGUGUGUGCGUGUCACUGUUUCCCUUCAUUUGACUGACGGUCAUUUUUCAUUUCUGCUUUUUAUCUUUUUGUUUUCUUUCCUUUCAACGUCCAGUGCAGAUAAAACUUUGAGUUUUCUUAGUGUUGCAGAGCCAGGAACAGCAGGACAAAGCCCGUCCUGUGCUUGCUGUGGGUGCAACUGUAACGUAAUCAGCGGCUGCUAGUGCUCUGGUCAGGACUAGCUUCACUGCUAUUAGCAGGUUUCUUUGCACUUACAGUAAUGAGCACAGCGUUGUUGCCGGGUCCAGUGACGUCUUCACCUGUUUGCUCUGCUGCACUCUUUGAAGCAGGAACCGCCACCCCACACCUCGAGGAAGUGGUGGGGAAAUACUGCACAUCUCCAUAUAUGUGUAUUUAAAAAAAAGCCAGGUCAUAUAAUAAUCAUCUCAUUGUGGAGUUGUGCUUUCUUUCAUUUCACUGGUGAAGAACAAAGAAAAAAAAACUUUAUAUCACUGUGGAAGCAGUAAACCUGUGACUCUGUCCCUCUGUACUCUGUAUGUUCUGCCUUUAUUAAACCGGAGGAAGUACACUGUGCAGCUUUGUGGCAUGGUGUUUGUGUCAACAUGAGCGACAGGCACUUGCUCAAAAAUGUCAUUGUUUUUCUUAUAACUGCAGAGUUUAGAGUGACUUUAAAGAUGUUUUCAGCUUUUACCAAAGGGAAGCUUUAUCAUUUAUAAACUUAAUCAAGUAUUAUAAAAAAUAAUUAUAAAUUGGUUGAUGAAAGGUUUGGUGUAUCUGCAUGAUGUCAACUGAAGCCAUAGAUUAGGUCUUGCAUUAGUGGUUCCCAGGCCAAAGGUCAGGAUACCAACAUAGGGUCACCAAUUAAAUCAGAUGAGUUUUCAGGUUAUUAACGAAUUGGGGAGGUUAUAAUAACAGCUUAUGAGUUCACCCAUAAGAUAAUGCUUUUAUUUAUUACAUGAUUUAUUUCUUUUUGGUUGAGUGUGUCAGCUUGACUACUGCGUGUUUUAACUCUAUUUUCUGUUCUGAAAUAUAUUAUUUUCAGGGAACGUUGAAUUACGUGGAUCCACUUUUCUUUUGUGACAUUGACCCGCAAAAAUGUCUCAGUGAAACAAAAAAUUCACACAAAUGGAUAUAAAUAACAAAGUAGAAAACAUCAGUUUCUUUAAAGCUGAGCGCAUGUAAUGACAGAUUUUUCAGAUUUCUGAUGAGCAAUACUUGGGAAGAUGUUUUAUUAAUGUGGACUGUUAGGCUAUAAGACUAAUAUCCUUGGUUUGCUGUGUCAAAUUAAGAACUGUUAUGGCUGGAUAAUGUUUUUUAUUAUUAAUAUUAAUUGAGGUACCUCACAUGGAGUCAAAAUAUCCUUCUCACUGCCUAAGUGGUUUCAAGGUUUGGAAACUACACUAGGCUUCAUGUUUUGUAAAUAUGAGUUGGUUUGAAAGGGAGUAAAGCAUUUGACAGUAACGGCCAUUUAAACUGCUUGGUUGUCAUUACAGCCUUUCUCCACCAGAGGGAGUCAUGAACCACACCGUGUGUCACAACAAGCUUGUCCUUCAAUAAAAAUCAAUGGAAUCAUAAA